UUUUGCUUCCAGCCUGUCUUUGUUUUCUCUCAUAAUAAAUAUAUAUAAAAAUCUUCUUUCUCUCUUCUAUAAUUCUUUCAUUUCUCUCAUUUUUUUUUCACAGAAGCUCAGGAAGGAAGAGAUAAUAUCCCAUUAUUUCUUUUCCCGAUCAACUGAAUCAAUCUUCAAAGUCUUGAAUUAAUCAAUCAGAAAUCCGGAUUUUCAGAACUUUUUAGAUUCAUCAGCUGAUCGGAAUACAGAGAAAAAUACACACAAGAAACUUAAGAUAUGGCAGAAGAACAGAGAUGUCAAGCACAACCAGAAGGUCAUAUACUAUGUGCAAACAACUGUGGAUUCUUCGGGAGUCCGGCGACGUUAAAUCUUUGUUCUAAAUGUUACCGAGAUCACCGUCUCACCGAAGAACAAGCUUCGUCGGCUAAAUUUGCCGUUGAGAAAUCACUAGCAGGUCCAUCCGCCGUCCCAUCUGCUUCAUCCUCUCCCGCAACAACAACAACAAAAUUGUUCUCUGCGCCGGCUUUAGUUCUACCGUCAUCGUCUUCAUCUGAAUUAAGAAAUCCACCAGUGGUUGCGAAUCCGUUGCCGGCCGAAACUCCGGUUGCAGCGAAACCAAACCGAUGCUUGACAUGUAAAAAAAGAGUCGGAUUGACGGGAUUCAAAUGCAAAUGUGGAAUUACAUUUUGUUCUACACAUAGGUAUCCAGAACAACAUGGGUGCACAUUUGAUUACAAAGCUGUUGGAAGAGAUGCAAUUAUCAAAGCCAAUCCGAUCGUUAAAGCCGAGAAGCUCGAGAACAAGAUUUGAACCACAGCAAAAAAAGCUGGAAAUUGGGUAUAUUUGAAAUUUGAAUUUGAAUUGUUCUCUGUAUUUUAUUAAUCAGAAUGAUUUGAUUUUAUGAUUUGGUCGAUGACCGGAAUGAAAACCAUCCAUUGGCCGGUCGGGUCUAGUCGGGUAAAAAUUUGAGAGCAAUGAGAGGUAGUAUUUAUUAUCAGAGCCUGAGACUAAUGUGCAGUGCAGAUGUUGUUGUUAAAUCAUGUCUUCUGCCUUUAGAUUAGAUUAUGGAAUCAUGGUAUUGUCAAUGGCUAUGUAUAUGUAUCUCUCUAGCUGCUCCUCUGUACUGGUUUAUGUAAAACCAUUACCUUUCUCUUCCUUUUUAAUUAUCUCAUGUUGCUUGUGUAAAUUUUAGUUUCUUUCUUCUGUUCAUUGAAUGCCAUGUUAGUUUAUGCAACUAGUA